CUCUUUACGCACAAAUCCACACAAACACACUGAGGGUGACUUGUAUAGAGAGAGAGAGAGAGAGAGAGGGAGAGAGGGAGAGAGAGAGGAGCUCAGGAACAGAAAGGUACUCAGCAGACAGCAGUGGACGACAGAAAGUGAGGACGGUGGCUGCUGAGCAUCUCCUGCACGGAUCUUAAAAAGUCUGCAACUCCAGAAACUCCUUCCAGAGAUUCAAACUUCCAGACAAGGUGGUUUUUUUUUUAUUUUCCUUUUUUUUAAGUAUCUCUUUUUCAUCUCUUUUUGAGUUGACUGAGGAGAACCUGAAGACUUUUCGUUCAUUUUUUCCCCUCCAGUCUUUCCAUCCCAUCGGGAAGUUUUGAAAGAAAAGAAAAGAAAAAAGUCAAGUCCUUGUUAAAUCCGAGGCUCGGCUUCACUUUUUCCACGUGUCCCCGGCUCUGACACCAACGUGUCACCUUCUGAUUUUUUUUCUUUUGCUCACAUUCAACAAGUUUCUCAACUUUUUUUUUUUUUUUUUGUUCAACUUCAUUCAAAGUCAGCUGCCCCCAUAACAGAGACUAAACAUGAGAUCCCACAGCGCGGCCACGCGUGUUUCGUGUCCUGAGUGUUUAAGUCAUUAAAGCAAAGUGAGUUUUGAUGGUCUUUGGAGUCCGGCUCACCUGUAGCAUCUCCUGCGCGCACAUCCACGCUUUGAGAGCGUUUCCAGAGAGAUCCAAAGAGGGAAAACACCUCUGAGCGCUCUUCAUUCAUUCCUGGAUCACAGCUGCCUCCAGAGCGCUGUGCGUAAAGCAGCGCUGCGCCUUUUUACGCAUUCAAACAAACCGUGUAACCACCCCGGGGAUCCGCGUCCAGCCGUUUUCCUGUCAGAAAUAAUCAACCUCACGCACUUUUUGAAAGUCGCCCAGAGCUCCGGUGAGGCCGCCGCGCGCUCCAUCACCAUGCUGUUCGACAGCUUCGACCUGGUGUCGGCUCUGGCCACGCUGGCCGCGUGCCUGGUGUCCAUGGCGCUGCUGCUCGCGGUGUCCCAGCAGCUGUGGCAGCUCCGGUGGACGGCCACCCGGGAUAAGAACUGCAAGCUGCCCAUGCCCAAGGGAUCCAUGGGCUUCCCCUUCAUCGGCGAGACGUGCCACUGGCUGCUGCAGGGUUCGGGCUUCCACGCGUCGCGGCGGCAGAAGUACGGCAACGUGUUCAAGACCCACCUGCUGGGCCGCCCGCUGAUCCGGGUGACGGGCGCCGAGAACGUGCGCAAGGUGCUGAUGGGCGAGCACACGCUGGUGACGGUGGACUGGCCCCAGAGCACGGCCACGCUGCUGGGGCCCAACUCGCUGGCCAACAGCAUCGGAGACAUCCACCGCAAGCGGAGGAAGGUGUUUGCCAAAGUGUUCAGCCAUGAGGCCUUGGAGUCGUACCUCCCCAAGAUCCAGCAGGUGAUCCAGGAGAGCCUCCGAGUGUGGAGCUCCAACCCUGAGCCCAUCAACGUCUACAGGGAGAGCCAGAGGCUGUCCUUCACCAUGGCGGUGAGGGUGCUGCUGGGCUUCAGGGUGUCGGAGGAGGAGAUGAAGCAUCUCUUCUCCACCUUCCAGGACUUCGUGAACAACCUGUUCAGCCUGCCCAUAGACCUGCCCUUCAGCGGCUACAGGAAGGGUAUCCGUGCACGGGACACCCUCCAGAAGAGCAUCGAGAAAGCCAUCAGGGAGAAGCCUCUGUGCUCUCAGGGGAAAGAUUACAGCGACGCACUGGACGUCCUGAUGGAGAGCGCCAAGGAAAACGGCACUGAGCUCACCAUGCAGGAACUCAAGGAAUCGACCAUUGAGCUCAUCUUUGCAGCCUUUGCGACCACUGCCAGCGCCAGCACCUCCCUCAUCAUGCAGCUGCUCCGCCACCCGACCGUCCUGGAGCGGCUGAGGGAGGAGCUGAGGGCCCGGGGCCUCCUCCACAACGGCUGCCUCUGCCCCGAGGGGGAGCUCCGGCUGGACACCAUCGUCAGCCUCAAGUACUUGGACUGCGUCAUCAAGGAGGUGCUGAGGCUCUUCACGCCCGUCUCGGGGGCCUACCGCACGGCCAUGCAGACCUUCGAACUGGACGGCGUCCAGAUUCCCAAAGGCUGGAGCGUGAUGUACAGCAUCCGGGACACCCACGACACCGCCGCCGUCUUCAAGGACGUGGAGACCUUCGACCCGGACCGCUUCAGCCAGGAGCGAGGCGAGGACAAAGAGGGACGCUUCCACUACCUGCCCUUCGGGGGCGGGGUCAGGUCCUGCCUGGGGAAGCAGCUGGCCACGCUCUUCCUCCGCCUGCUGGCCAUCGAGCUGGCCAGCACCAGCCGCUUCGAGCUGGCCACCCGGCAGUUCCCGCGCGUCGUCACGGUGCCCGUCGUCCACCCGGUCGACGGGUUGAAGGUCAAGUUCUACGGCCUGGACUCCAACCAGAACGAGAUCAUGGCCAAGUCAGAAGAGCUGCUGGGAGCGACGGUCUGAAGGGCGGAGGCUCUGGCGAUCAGGGCGGGGGUGAGGGUGGGUGGACGAAGAAGUCUUUAGGGAGAAGAUCGAAGGAAACCAAGAAGGAAUUUCAGAACUGUUUUUUUCGUCUCAGCCUUUGUUCUGCCGAGUUGGAGGUUCCUUUUCAGACUCAGAGAAAAGCAGGAGUCGUCGUCUUCGUGCCGACGGCCGUGACUUUACUUUAAAGAAGAAAGAAGCUGCCAAAAAAAGUUCUUGAUUAUGCUCUAUUCUGUGUAUUUUUCAAAGAAAUAUACAAACAAAACUUAUGUACAAAAAAAAAUACAGUAUAAUAUAAUUUGAAAGAGAAUGAGGGUCGUGCACAAAGGGAGAAGAAGAAGGACGGUGGUACUUUAGGUGAAACAAAGUGUUGAAAGGAGAAAGGUGGAGGUGGUUGGAGGAGGAGGCGAAGGAGGAGGGAUGUAACAGGGUAUAGGAUGAGAGAUUAUGAUAUUCCAGCCUUUUGCUUGUGCUAAUCAAAGUCAUUGAACCAUUUUACUUCUUCAGCAGGGUAAACAGAUGAGACACAUGAAGUGAGAAUUUUAAAUUAACUCAUUAUUUCGGCAGGUUUUCCGAGCUUCAGUUCUUGAUUGUGCAAGAGAGACUUUUAUUUUUUCAACAUUUUCCAUUAAAAUAAAAUAAAGUCCUUUAAAAGUUUGAAUAAUUCUACCACCAUAUUCCGAUCAAUGAUCAAUAGAAUGAGGCCUAAAGUCCAGAAAUGAGAGACAUGUUUCCUAUCGAAUACUUAAAGAGUGUAAUGAGGCAACUUGUUGUCUGCCAGCUGCUUUAAUGUCUCUGAACGAUCCUCUCUGGAUUUAAACCCACAACUCUUUGUAUUGAUUCCACUCAAGAGCCGUAAAGUGAGCUUUUCUAAACAAAGUGCACUCGCAGUCAUAUCACAGAGGAGAGGAAACAGUUUGGACACUGACGCAUAACAAACUCAUGAAAUUGUUGCCCAACCAUGUAGUUUUCUAGUUUUCUAAACUCAGGUGCAGAAUACUCACAGAUACCGACCAGUACUCCCCAUCAUUCGCUUGAUUGUCUGAAUCAAGCAUCUCAUGUCAGCUCCAGUGAAACGGGUCGGCGUCGUAAAGGCAGCAGGAGAUAAAAGGUCCCAGCUCUGCUUCAGUAAAUCCUCUCAACCUGUGCUUCGACUCGCUGACUAACUCGAGCCGUGCUGAGGCGGCGCUCUAAAACGAGGAGGAAAUGGAAAACGGACUCUGGUGAAGCGAUGGAGCUUCCUGGGACGUGGCAUUGGGAUAAAGGUAGAACAUGAAGUAGACGGGGGGAGUCCUACAUACAUGCUGCUUGAGUGUUGCUUUGUCGUUCUGUGUGUGUUUAUUUUGUGUGCUUUUAUUUUGUCACGGCUCCACUGGGUGGCCAUGUUUUGUUUUGUUUUUUGAGUUUUACAGAGAAGGUGACAUUCUGUCUUGCUGCUCCUUCAAUCAACGCUAAGAAUGCAAAA